CUCCUACGCAGUGAUGGGAGGAGGUGAACGCAGGAGGGGGAGGAGGACGACCACAGGAGGAAGCACUAGACCCAAUACUCGGCACCAUCAUGGCACCUAUCGGAUUAAAGGCGGUGGUCGGAGAGAAAAUUAUGAAUGAUGUCAUCAAGAAGGUGAAGAAGAAGGGCGAAUGGAAGGCCCUGAUUGUGGACCAGCUCAGCAUGAGGAUGUUGUCCUCUUGCUGCAAGAUGACGGACAUCAUGACAGAGGGCAUCACCAUUGUGGAGGACAUCAACAAGCGACGAGAGCCUCUUCCCAGCCUAGAGGCCAUUUUUCUGAUUACGCCGACGGAGAAGUCAGUCCACACCCUCAUCGGAGACUUCAAGGACCCGCAUUCAGCAAAAUACAAAGCGGCUCAUGUUUUCUUCACCGACUCCUGUCCCGAUCCCCUCUUCAAUGAGCUGGUCAAGAGCCGCGCUUCCAAAACCAUCAAGACACUGACAGAGAUCAACAUCGCCUUCUUGCCGUACGAGUCUCAGGUGUACUCUCUGGACAAUGCCGACGCCUUUCACAGUUUCUACAGCCCUCAUAAGACCCAGCUGAAGAACCCCGUGAUGGAGAGGCUGGCUGAGCAACUGGCCACGCUGUGUGCCACGCUGAAGGAGUACCCGGCGGUCAGAUACCGAGGAGACUACAAAGACAACGCCACCUUGGCUCAGCUGGUUCAGGAUAAACUGGAUGCCUACAAGGCUGAUGACCCCACCAUGGGAGAGGGUCCGGAUAAGGCCCGCUCCCAAUUGAUCAUCCUGGACAGGGCCUUUGACCCCGUCUCACCCGUCCUGCAUGAGCUCACCUUCCAGGCUAUGGGCUACGACUUGCUGCCAAUUGAAAACGACGUCUACAAGUACGACACGAGCGGCAUCGGAGACUCUCGUGAGAAAGAAGUUCUUCUUCACGAAGACGAUGAUCUGUGGGUGAGCCUGAGACACAAACACAUUGCAGAGGUGUCCCAGGAAGUGACGCGCCAGCUGAAGGAGUUUUCCUCCAGCAAGAGAAUGAACACUGGAGAGAAGACCACAAUGAGGGAUCUGUCCCAGAUGUUGAAGAAAAUGCCCCAAUAUCAGAAAGAACUCAGCAAGUAUUCCACUCACCUGCAGCUUGCGGAAGACUGCAUGAAGCAUUACCAGGGAACAGUGGACAAGCUGUGCCGCGUGGAACAGGACCUGGCGAUGGGCACGGAUGCCGAGGGGGAGAAGAUCAAAGACCCAAUGAGGGCCAUCGUGCCCAUUCUGCUGGAUGCCAACGUCAGCACAUACGAUAAGAUCCGCAUCAUCCUGCUCUACAUCUUCCUCAAGAACGGCAUCACGGAGGAGAACCUGAACAAGCUCAUCCAGCACGCUCAGAUUCCCCCUGAAGAUAGCGAGAUCAUCACCAACAUGGCGCAUCUGGGUGUCCCGAUUGUCACCGACUCAACCCUCCGUCGAGGCAAGAAAUUGGACAGGAAGGAGCGGGUCAGUGAGCAGACCUACCAAUUGUCCCGCUGGACACCACUGGUCAAGGACAUCAUGGAGGAUGCCAUUGAUGAUAAACUCGACACAAAGCACUAUCCCUACAUCUCCACCCGCUCUUCUGCCUCUUUCAGCACCACUGCUGUCAGCGCUCGGUACGGACACUGGCACAAGAACAAGACACCCGGAGAAUACCGCACCGGCCCAAGGGUCAUGGUCUUCAUCAUUGGGGGCGUGUCCUUUAGCGAGAUGCGCUGCGCCUACGAGGUCACACAGGCCAACGGCAAGUGGGAAGCCAUCAUCGGAUCGACCAACAUCUUUACCCCCACCAGCCUGCUGGAGCAGCUCAAGGCCAUGAACAAACCAGACGAAGAAGUGACGAGUUAAAAAUCUCUGCCCUCGCUCGUCCAAUCUCUCUCCUCCUUACUUUCCUAUUUACAUCAACCAUUACCUUUCUUCUGUAUGCAUCUUGCUUGAGGAUAAUAAUAAUUAAAAAAAAAAAAAAAACGUCAUCAAAGAUGACAAGAAAAUAUAUGUUCUCACAAAAGAGUAAAAAAAAAAACAAGUAUUCUCAUGUUUUGCAACGGAUGCAAAGAAACGACUUGAUUGAGGUAUCCAUAGAAGACGGCCAUUUCAAAGGGAACACACCAAAAUGUCAGCGUGUACUGUAUGCUAUAAAACCUGCUAGAAUAUGUCAAAGGUCAAUCUAUCCUUGUUGGUCAUCCUGGGAUACCUGCUUCGGGUCAGUGUCGUGAAAGCGGGUGGAGGAGGGAUGUGCCAUUUGAGAGGUUCGAGUUGUAAAAUAUAGCAUAUCAAUCAACAUGCAAUAUAUAUAUAAAUAUAUUUAACCGGGGAGGAGUUGCCCCCUGCCGCCCAUUUGAGAUGUUUGUAUCAAAGUAGCAUGCUUGGACGUGUCUGGACUGUUAACUGUGUUUGUAUCCCGUGUGGAUGUGUUUGGGGAGCUAGCUUUUCUUUUCCACCAAGAUUGUGUUUUGGAUACUCUACUGAAAGACCUUUCCGCUUCCCAAAACGUCUACGGAAGCAUCCGCGGGGCUCAGCUUGCGGCUCCGCGCGUGAGCUCAGACUAUGCAAAUUCACCACACGAACGCUUUCGCCGUCACUUGAGGGAUCGUUGUGGUCCGGUCACUUGGUGAUUUUGAAGCAAGUCAUCCCUCCGCCGACAGCCCAGAUUAUGAAGUAUUCAACUGCCCCCCCCCUUCUCCAGACGCCGGACAAUGUCAUGUUUUCAUGUUAAAUGAAUACGCUAAACAAUGAUGUCCAAACUAGAGCCCGGGGGCCAUUUGCGGCCCUCUAUCCAUUUUCAGCGGACCGCGACAUGUCCCCUGCUCUAAAAAAUAUAUAUUACAAAUGACAUGAGACAUGGUUAGUUAGAAAAACUGAAGGUGGGCAGAGUGAGAAAGGAGAGAACUUUUCUCUAUAUUCCAAGAUUUAAAUAAAAGAAGAACAUCAUGUAUCUUCAAAAUGCUGUCGUGAAUAACGAGAAUUCAAUGUCAGAGCUAAAAAUAGUUUCUUCCACUUUGUGCUCUAUGAAUAUUUAUGAAGACAUCACAUCAGCGAUCCUCAAGUCACUGAAAAAUGGUCACCUUACUAGUUAGUUCUUUUUUCGGUUUGAACGUGGCCCUUUCAUCCUUCUAUUUUUUUCUGCAUGCGGCCCUCAACCAAACAAGUUUGGACACCCCUGCUCGAAAAGAAGCCCUCUUGUGUUUCAGUAUUGUAUCCUGUCAGUCUUAUUAUUGCUUCGUAAUGACGUUUCAUCGGAACAUGCACUGUGUAGGUGUUGUGAUGCCAUAUGUUGCUGUUUAGCGUCUCACUGUUGGAUGUUUCGGACUGUGAAGUAGUGCUAACUUUCCUUUAUGAAAGCCAAUAAGACGCCACUGUAUUUGCGAUGUUUUAGCUGUAGCUGUUAGUUGGAAACAAACGAAAAAAAAAGAAUACCUAUAUUUUCUUUGCCUGAUUUUCCGCUGGUGCAAAUGUAAAUCCUCUCCGAUGGUGAAUGGCUUUGCAAGAGAAAAACAAAA